ACCAGAGAUCGAUCAGCCUCAUGUGAGUACUGUUGUCAGAGGAAGCGCUGGCUAUCUCAAUCCAGAAGACAACAGCUCACAGAGAAAUCAGACAUGUAUUUAUUAGGAGUCGUUAGCAGAUGUGUUGUGGAAUCUUGAUUAAUGAUUAUGCUUUGCAGCUAGAAGAAGCUGUCGUUGAUGGUGAUCAAGAAGAAGAUAACAGCACGAGCAAUUUUAGUGAGUUGCUUUUACGGUUCAGUGACUACUUAGAGCACCCGCAACCGUGGAUUUUGAUCAAUCCUUAGCCCAAAUCCGUUGGUUUAGGGUAUUAAAAAAAUAAUAUUUAUGCUUAAUGGAGGAAGGACUGGGCCGUCGCGAGGGUUUAGACGGAUCGAAUCCUUAGAGACGUGGCUUCUUCUGAGUGGGUGCGUGGGCUAUGCGUUUGGGUGGGGUCAAAAAAAAAAUUCAUUUUCCAUCGAAACCGAAAAAAAAAAAAGUAAAGGAGAGAAAGGCGAUUUACAGGCGAUCUCUCUCGAUCUCGCUCCCUCGGCUCCAGCUAAGGUUUACGAUAAUGGGACGAUACAGUUACAGCCAGCCAUCUUCAUCAUCAAACUCUCAAGACUUAAACUCCCUCCUUCAAGCCGAAGCAGAGAUGUACGCGGCUGAAGCUGAGAUAAGUCAGUGGAAUGCAGAGGCCAUUCACAACGAACCAUCACCAGAGGGUGAUGAUGGAAUCCCCAGGACAUGCUACUGUGGGUCGGAGCCUGUUCACGGUUAUGGACUAACUCCUAAAGAUCCAUACCGACGGUACAUUACGUGCCCCAAUGGUGAUGAUGGAGACUGCCACGUCUGGAAAUGGUGGGACGUGGCCGUCGAGGAGGAGAUGAGGGACAUUCAGACGGAGCUUAGUGAGCUUAAGGGUGAAGCCAAUGAGCGUGAGCAGAAGCUGCUCAUCCUUGAGAAGAGAAUAGGCGAGCUUACAAAGAAGAAACCAGGAGCUAAGCUAAUGGUCUUUACCAUAGUUUUAGUAGGGUUGGUGUUACUUAUAAAUGUGCUAGGAAAAAUUCUGAAGGAUUCAAAGGAGUGGGGCGUACCAGCCAUGUUUCUUUAACGAGGUAAUUUUUAAACUUUCUGGUGUUUUAACUAUUGAAAACUAUUAGUGGUGUUUUAGAAACCGGAAGGAAAAAUAGCUACAAAACUUAAGUUGCUAGCUACGGUUGCGGGUUUACUUAGUCAAAGAGUUAAUGAAACUCAAUUGCUUUCCACCCUAUGAGCUGGUUUGAUUUGAUGUGCUUUUAUUGGUGUAGAAUAGUUAAAAAACUUAAGUUGCUAGUAGCUACCAUUGUACUUUACUUAGUAGAAUAGUUAAUGAAACUCAACUGCUGUGGUGUGAUUGCUUUUAAUUAGUUAAGUGAUAGAAGGCUUAUUAAUAAGCCUUCUGUGUCGCUAGUAGAGUGUCACAGAGAAGCAAUUGAAACCAUGGCUAAUAACUCACAAAGUUUUACUAGCUUUCUCCUUAGUCAAAAUACAGUUGACCUUGAUUCACCAGAACCUUUUUGGUUCGGUAGUCAAGGUCCUGAUGUGUCUGGUAGCGAGGUUCCUGUUGCGUCUCCUGUGCUGUCUGGUACCGACGUUGGUGCUAAGUCUGGUGUGAAUUCUAACCCUGAGAGGAGGAAAUGGACUCUAGCAGAGGAUAAAAUCCUUAUUGGUGCUUGGCUAAACACCAGUAAGGACCCUGUGGUGAGCAACGAGCAGAAAGCCGGUGCUUUCUGGUUUCGUAUAGUUGAGUACUACAACGCCAGUCCCCUCCUCGCUGGGACAGUACGGAGAGAACUAAUGUCUUGCAAGCAGAGGUGGGCAAGGAUAAACGGCGACGUUGCCAAGUUUGCUGGCUCCUAUGAUGCGGCUCUGAGGGAGCAGAGAAGUGGGCAAAACGAUGAUGAUGUGAUGAAAACGGCGUUAGACAUUUUCUUCAAAACGUUUGGCUACAAGUUCGCCAUGGAUCACUGCUGGAGGGAGCUGAGGCACGACCAGAAAUGGUGCUCCUUAUAUCCGGCAAAGGAGAAGCGCAAACAAGCUGUGGAGGUGGAUACAGAAGAAGAGCAGUUUGUCGAUCCAGAGGUUAGACCACCAGGAGUAAAGGCUGCGAAAGCUGGUAAGAAGAAGAAGAGUGGCAGGGAGGAGGAGUUGUCGCAGCUACAGGGGGUUUUAGAAAUUAAACAAAAACUGUCGAAACAGAAGCUUCUUGAUCGUUUACUCGCAAAAGCAGAACCUCUCUCUGAAAUGGAAAUCAGUCUUAAGCUCAAGCUAAUGUCAGAAAUGUUAUGAUCUUUUAUUAAUCUUGCUUUUUAGGUAUUAUAACUAUUUAGUGUACUUGAUCACUGUGUUAUUUGAUCGAAAUUGAUAUUUUUAAAAAUGCUUACUAACUCUUGUCACUCUGUUUUGACAGGUUGACGCAUGUGGGAAGGAGUCACGGGUGCAUUUGGUCUGUAGCUCUUGUGGGAAGGAGUCACGGGUGUUGCAGGAGCCACGGGUGUUGUAGGAGUCACGGAUGACUCUGUUUCCUUUAGUAUAAGUAGUAGUGUUGUAGUUGUUUCUGAGAGUUUGUAUUAAUCAACUCUCUUUGUUUUCCUCGGAGCUGUUCUUAUCUACCACUGCACUGAAGUUUAGGUAAUCUACUCUAUUUGUUUUCAAACUUGGAAAAAACGUGUAUCCUCUAGUAUUUGAAUGAUUGUCUGAUGUUCUUAUCAAA